AUGAAGUGGCUGGGAGAAUCCAAGAACAUGGUGGUGAAUGGCAGGAGAAGUGGAAACAGGUCGUCUAAUGACCAUGCGCAGAAUCAGACCAAAUUGCAGCAUGCAGGAAAGGAGAAUCCGAAGACGGGCAAAAAUGGAGUUGAGAGAAGAUCAGGCAGAUGUAGCGGUGCUUCAGGAUUUGAGGGUCAAAGUCGUUAUGUGCCUUCCUCUGGAAUGUCUGCCAAGGAACUGUGUGAAAACGAUGACCUAGCAACUAGUUUGGUUCUUGAUCCCUAUUUAGGUUUUCAGACACACAAAAUGAAUACUAGAUUUCGACCUAUUAAAGGAAGGCAAGAAGAACUAAAAGAGGUGAUUGAACGUUUUAAGAAAGAUGAGCACUUAGAAAAAGCCUUCAAGUCCUUGACGUCAGGUGACUGGGCCCGGCACUAUUUUCUUAACAAGAACAAAAUGCAGGAAAGGUUGUUCAAGGAACAUGUGUUUAUUUAUUUACGAAUGUUUGCUACCGAUAGUGGGUUUGAGAUACUGCCUUGUAAUCGGUAUUCUUCUGAGCAAAAUGGAGCCAAAAUUGUUGCAACAAAAGAAUGGAAACGAAAUGAUAAAAUAGAAUUACUUGUGGGCUGUAUUGCUGAACUAUCAGAAAUGGAAGAAAACAUGCUGUUGAGACAUGGGGAAAAUGACUUCAGUGUCAUGUAUUCAACACGGAAAAACUGUGCACAGCUGUGGCUUGGUCCUGCAGCAUUUAUCAAUCAUGAUUGCAGACCUAACUGUAAGUUUGUCUCAACGGGCAGGGAUACAGCAUGUGUGAAAGCUCUAAGAGAUAUUGAACCUGGAGAAGAAAUCUCUUGUUACUAUGGAGAUGGGUUUUUUGGAGAAAAUAACGAAUACUGCGAAUGCUACACCUGUGAAAGACGUGGAACUGGUGCUUUUAAAUCAAGAGUAGGAUUGCCAGCACCUACUCCUGUGAUUAAUAGCAAAUAUGGACUGAGAGAAACAGAUAAACGAUUGAACAGACUUAAAAAGUUGGGUGACAGCAGCAAAAAUUCAGACAGCCAGUCUGUCAGCUCUAACACUGAUGCAGACACCACUCAGGAAAAAGCUAAUGCAACCUCUAACAGAAAAUCUUCAAUUGGCGUCAAAAAGAACAGCAAAAAUAGAACAUUGAGACAGUCUAUAUCAAGAAUUCCAGCAUCAUCAAAUUCUACCUCAUCUAAACUAACUCAUAUAAAUAAUUCCAGGGUACCAAAGAGACUGAAAAAGCCUGCAAAGCCUUUACUUUCAAAGAUAAAGUUGAGAAAUCAGUGCAAAAGGCCAGAGCAAAAGAAUGCUUCUAGAAAGCUCGAAAUGGGAAAUUUAGUUCUCAAAGAGCCUAAAGUAGUUUUGUACAAAAACUUGCCCAUUAAAAAGGAUAAAGAAUUGGAGGGACCAGUCAAAGUUGCAGUCUCUAGUGGCUGCUUAACAAGGCAUGCAGCAAGAGAACAUAAACUGAAUUCUGUGAAAGGUGCUCAUGAGCAUGGUGAUAUACCACCCUGCACAUACAUAACAAGGAGGUCAGUGAGAACGAGGAUGAAUUUGAAGGAGACCUCUGACAUAAAGCUUGAACCAAAUAUGUUGGAUAGCUAUAAGAAUAACUUGACCGGAACGCAGUCGGAUGUUUUAGAGCAGCAGUCUCGUGUGCUAAAUGAAAAUGACCUGGCUCAUGGACCAUCACAUAAAGGGGAGAUUAGGUGCCAGAAAAAUGAUGCAGGCAUGACAAAAAAGAAAUCUCGACAAGGAAAACUUGUGAAACCGUCUGCAAAACUAGAAGAAACUGAUACUAUGCACAAUAUACCUGUGAAAGAUGAAGUACCAGAUUUGAUUAGUUCUCAUUCAGAACUCGGAGAGAGGAAUAAUGUGGCGGACACACCUGUAGGCUACAAAGACUGUGUCCCAGGGUCUGGUGGCUGCUCUGUUGUAACAUCUGACAAUUUUAAAGCAAAAGACAGCUUUAGAACUGCAAAAAGUAAAAAGAAAAGACGAAUCACGAGGUAUGAUGCACAACUUAUCCUUGAAAAUAGCUCUGGGAUCCCUAAACUGACUCUUCGUAGGCGCCAUGAUAGCAGCAGCAAGGCAAAUGAUCAAGAAAAUGAUGGAAUGAAUUCUUCAAAAAUAAGCAUCAAAUUAAGUAAAGACCACGAAAAAGACAAUAAUUUAUAUGUAGCAAAGUUAAAUAAUGGGUUUAACUCAGGAUCAGGCAAUAGUUCAACAAAAUUAAAAAUACAGCUGAAACGAGAGGAAGAAAACAUAGGGACGUACCCUGAGGACCUUCAUGAAAAUGGUGUGUGUUGUAGUGAAACUCUCUCCCUUUUGGAGUCAAGAAUGGAAGUAGAUGAUUAUGGUCACUAUGAAGAGGAAACAGCAGAUGAAUCUUCAUCAGAAGAGGAUGAUGAAGAGGAAGAUGACUAUGAUGAUGAGUUUGAUGACUUUAUUCCUCUUCCUCCAGCGAAGAGAUUAAGGCUUAUUGUUGGCAAGGAUUCAAUAGAUAUUGAUAUUUCUUCCAGGAGGAGAGAGGAUCAGUCUUUAAGGCUCAAUGCAUAAGCUUAUAGGUCUUAAACUGACCUGGAUGUCCUUUUUAUAAAA